CGGCCCGGCCCGGCCCGAGCAGGAGGAUGGAUUAAACCCACCGCCCCGUCCCUCCCUCCCUCUCCCGCCGCCCCCGCCCGGCACCGCCCGGCCCGGCCCGGCCCGAGCACCUUCUCCUAUCCGAGAAAGAAGAUUAUGGAGAAUGAUGAACUUUCGUCAGAGAAUGGGAUGGCUUGGUGUAGGGUUCUAUCUGCUAGCAAGUGCUGCAGCCUUUUAUUAUGUCUUUGAAAUAAAUGAAACUUACAACCAACUGGCUUUGGAGCAUAUACAACGGAAAUCGGAGAACCUGGACAGUGGAACCUCUUGGACCCAGAUAGUGACUGCACGCCUGUUUUCACUCCCAUUCUGGUUGUGGGCUAUUCUAUUCCUGAUUCCAUACCUGCAAAUCUUCUUAUUUCUGUAUUCAUGUACAAGAGCUAAUCCCAAGACAGUCGGCUACUGUAUAUUCCCGAUCUAUAUGGCCGUUAUCUGCAAUCGGCAUCAAGCUUUUGUCAAAGCCUCCAACCAAAUCAACAGAUUGAAAAUAAUUGAUACGUGAAUAAAACACUCUUUGGUUCACAAUAAAUUAAUCCCAAAUCAAGAUUCAAGGCCUGGAUGCUUAAUUUGUAAUCUGUAAUGCAAUCUCCAUCUGUAUUCAUUUUUUUAAAAUAAAUGGAAUUUCAUUUAGAACUGGACAAUCAGACAAUUGGGUAAAAUGCCUUGGUUAGAAUUUUGUUAAACCUGCCAACAACAGUUAUUGGGAAUCACUCCAUUUAUCCUAUUCAAUGUAGAAAUGGUUCUUUUCAAUUGGGGAUUCUUGAGUAUUUUAUCCCAAUUUGGUGGUGAGAAAUAAUGUGCCUCAUGCUGACAUGCAUUAAAUAUAUCUUAAUUUAUAACUGCUAUUUUAAUCUCUUAACUGCAGUAAAUGUUUUUACACCCUAGAUUAUUAUUUGUCAAUCAUUUAUGACAAAAUGUCUGAAUUAGACUGUUUAUGAACAUAAUAUUUGACCAGGGUUAAAUUGCACAUUCUUAUGUUAUUUAAUGAAUUUUCAAUAUGGCCGUGCAGUUAUAAAUGUUGUUAACUGGUUUUAGGUUUCUUUUGAAAAAAGUAUCAUGAUGUGUAUUCACAGUUGUCCACAAGACAACAAAACAUGUCCAUAUCACAUGUUUGGAAUUCAAAUACUCUCAAGUUAAUUAAUAGUUGUGCAUAAUAACAACAGGUACUUUGGAUAAACUGAGAGAAGGUAUGUUUUAUUUUGUUGAAGUAAAUAUUUGGAAGGAAUCAGAUGUUCUGUAAAGCUUCUUCAAGGUACUGAGCGUAACAAUUGACCUAGCUCACACUGCCACAGGUCCAAGUUAUUUAAACAAACUAGUGUGACUCUUAGUUCAAUAUGAAGAUCCUGUAAUUCAGGGAAAGUUUCAUUGCUGCGUUUUAAAAGGAAAAUACCAAUGAGUAUUCCUGAAAUGUGUAUUCACACUGGCAUCUCAUGGUGGGUGGGUGGAUGCGGGGGAUUAUAGAAGCAGUAAUCAUCUUGAUCAAAAAUAUCAAUUGAAAUGAUGGACAAAUUAGGACUUUAAAGUUUGCAAAUAUGUGACCAGGCAACAGUGUUACACAAAGUGCAAUGAAAGUGAACUCUACUGCUAAGAACAUACAGAUAGACAGUAACACUUUUAUACAAAAUAUAAUGCAAAUAAUUAAUUUUUUUAAUGAAGGCACUUUAAUCUUCAAGCUGCAAUCAGAGAGUUCUUUCAUGAGCAUGACAAUAUUAUGUCAUUAUUAUUUCCUGGAAAUGUCAGUAUCUUUUAAGAUCAAGUUAGUGCUUAGCAUUUAAUCUCACUUCUGAGGCACCUUGGUUGCUGAGUGGGGUGAAGAUAUCUGCCACAAAUUGUGCACUGUGAAUGUAUAAAAUGAAUGGUCAGCAACAAGUUAAUGGUUCAGAACAUGCUCUAUUUCUACAGCAGUAGGAUUUGUGUGAGUAUACUUUGGGAAUAUUUAUUAGUUCCUCCUGGUGCCCAGCAAGAGAAGUUGAGAACUACAUUCUGUUGUAGCAUUUACAUCGCAUCAAAUACUGUUGUAAACAGUCUGCCGUGAAACCAAUUCAUAGUGUUGGAAAUACCUUCAUGUUUCUAUAAUGUCACCACGUAUUGUGUGAAUAAAUUAUUUUGAUAGAAAAUUACCAUGACAAAAUUGACAAUAAAUUUACUGCAUAUAAAGCAUUUGUGAGAUUUAGGGGCUUUUGAGAUGGUUCAUGUCUUCCUCUGUCUAACCUCCUCCUGGUGUCUGAAUCCGUUCAUUCAUCUUUUCAUUUGGAAAGUAAAUGCUGGAUCAUGCAGGUGACAUUGUUUGUUCACCUAUGUGGCCAGGUGCAACAUUUAUAGCCAGGUUUAUAAUGGUCUGCCAUCAACUGUAAUAUGGUGCCAAGACAGCUGUGAUAGUUUGUCAAUUUGAUAGGCUUUCAGUACUAUGUGACUGAGUUUAAAGUCUAGCCAUUGAACAUAAUGCAUUUGCCUUUUAAUUGUAUCGUAACUUGUGUAAGAGAAAUGGUGCUGGAUUUGCUACUGUGUCUACAUUUCUAAACUAUCUGCUAAUAAAGCCUUGUCCGGUA